GUUAUUUCAUUGUGAGGGCGACACGUGAAAGGUGAGAUGGAGGUGACAUGCCAUUGAGGUGGAUUUAGUGUUUACAAGAGCGUUUCACAUUCGGCCUUGAAAAUCAGACGCGACCCAAAAACGCCGUUUCAUAUGCUUUAACCGGCGCCUGUUCCCCUAUGCGACCGGAGAAGUUCAAGAAACCGGCCCGUCAAGCAUCGAUUCCGGUGAGCAGCUUCCGGAACCCAUCGGUCGACCCUCAGAAUUAGCCAAACCCAUUGUGCACGAAUGAGCCAGUACGAAGAAGAAACAUUCCAGAUUCAAUUUUGGACGCAUUUUGACAAGUUUGCGCCCGUUCACCAGUCAUGGUGCAUCUAUCGAGCAACUCCGCCUAACCCAUCAGGUUUUGGAAGUGAGAAAUGGAUUCUACGAGAACUCAUGCUGCAGCUUUGGAUUUUGCUUCUAUAUGCCCUUCAUUAAUGAAAGUUCAUAAUUUAUGCUACUGCACUCUGGUAUAUAAAUAAAAAGAAAAAAAAUGCAGUGGUUACUUCGGGUUCAUACUACUUAAUGUUCGGGUCAAUGUGGGUUCAAGUAGAGAACUAUAUGUUCAUCACCAUUAUCAUUCGGUUUGGGUCGACCCAACGGGUUAAAACUUUGAUUUUAAACAAAAUUUAAGUUCAUAUUAACACUUGCAUUUUUCUUUAAGUAAAAUUAAAAUAUCAAAAAAAUUUUGGAUUAGUCUUGAAGGUCUUCCCAUUCAAUUUUUUGAUUUUCUGGCUUUAUAUUCCAUUACCAAUUUGAUUGGUAAACCACUGAAAACUGAUGCUGCAACAGCAAGCCUGUCAAGGCCAUCUGUUGCACGUAUUUGUGUUGAGGUUGAUACCAGUGAGGAACUGCCCCAUGGUGUCUGGAUACAUCUUGGACAACUUACUUUUCAUCAACCUAUCCACUAUGAAGAUCUCCCUGAAUGCUGCCCCUCUUGCAAAUCCUUUGGACACAAAAACUGCAAAAAAGCCACAAAAUCCACUGUUGGUGAAGGAAUUGCCAGGGACUAGGAAUACAGCUCUUGCUGUAGCCGUCCCUCUGUUGCAAACGGUGGACACCACCUUAAAACUUGUGGCAAAACAAGUUGAUAGUCAGAAUCAGGAUGGUGCUAAUGAAAAUGAUACCACUUCUGUAGAAACAAAUUCUCCUGCCCAGGUUGAAACAAAUUUGAUUCAAUCUGAUCAAAAAUCUGAGGCAAUUAAUCUAGAACAGAUACUAGAACCUGGAGCUGAAACCCUUGAAAUAGAUCAUGAGGUACAAUCUGCAAGCGACACGUAUACAAAUAUGGCAAGAGUUGAAGCUUUGGCAACCACCAUUGUUAAUGGUAGGGAUGCUAAGGCUCCCGAGCCAGCUGGCAAGCUUGAACAAAUCUGUGUUGGUGAGGAUGCUCAGGAGACCAUCCAAAAUCCAACUUACACCGACCCUAAUUCCGAGAUUGAACAAAGCUGUGUGGCACACAAACUGUCCCCCAAGACAGAUUUGGAAGGCACACAGUACGAAGAAGAAUUCCCUCCCUUAACUACAACAACGGAGGAUUUUCCAGCCCAAAAUUAUAAUAGUGAUGCACACACUCUUUCCCUCGAGAAAGAGAUUGAUGGCACGCUAUCCCCUUCUAUCAAAGGAGAUGAUGAAACUAUUUCUGAUCCUUCUUUUAGCACAAGUUUUUUCCCACCAGUAACUAACAAUGCAGGUAAUGACCAAACUACUAUCGGCCCUGUUCUUCAAUCUUUUGAGGUGGACGGACAGCACUAUGAAAUCAGGUCCUAUGAAGGAGCGGAGACAAGUAACCUAAGGGAUGACCCUAACGACUUCCAAGAUGUCCAGAACAGACGCAGCAAAAAAGCGGGGAAGAGGGGAACUGCACCAAGGACGAUUAAAACUAGAAGCUACGAUCCAAAUCUUGAAGUUGGAACGGUGAGCGAGAUCACUAGAUACUGGCCCAGCCGCAAAUCAACCACAAUGGAGAAAAUCGUCACCACCAAAAGUUAUUCUGGGCCCUUUUGGUAUGUUGACCCGUCGGCCCAAUUGGGGCAGAUGGGAAAGGGCCAAAGAAAAUAAUGCCCAGAAACCUUGCCUUGGAUCAGCACCCGGGUUUUAUAAUUUGGGAAUGACCAUCUGUAGUUCUUUCGAUUCACUUCUCAUUCAGUUGUUUUUUUUCUUGCAUUUCUUGAGGGGCUUUGGCCUAGUCCUCCCCUCCGCUGAAAGGAUUGAAGGGAACAUUGCUUACAGAUUCCAAGAUAUCACUUUCUUCAAUGGGUCUAUGGAACUAAUGGCCGUCCCUAAAAAAGUAAAAAGAAGCUUCAUCCUAACAACUUCCUUAACAUGACAAUUAAUUUUGAACACGCUAAAAGUACACUUUCAUAACCUUUUCAAAUUGCUAAAGCAGGUUACUCAUCACCAGACUUACUCCAAAGCUAUUGCCAAUGAAUCGCAGGUUAUUCGUCACAAGAGGGGGGAUACAAAAUGGACCAAAGGCAUUGAAACCUCAACCUCUGAUAAGUACUUUCAAUAGCUCAUUGCACCCAAACUUGAAUGCCCACUGCCAUAAAAAAUAAGAACGACAAUCCCAGUAAAACCCCACGAAAGUAGGGUUUGGAGAAGGUGAUAUGUAUCCAAAACUCACCCCUACUUGGAAGUAUGCCUAUAAACUCUCAAACACAUUAUGUAAUUUAGUAGGGUUUGUGGCAGAGUGAAAUUACCACACUUGUUCUGUUGUGGCGGGAUUCAGCAAGAGGCAGCGCAGUAGAGAGAGAGGAUGAUGAAAUGAGGGAGUAGAUGUGCACUUUUCAUUGCUGAACCAGCACUUUGAGUGAACCAUUAGGCAUUAUCAAACAGUUCAAAGUCUGAUUUUUUUAAAAUAUUAAAACUACACUUUUUCUUUGAAGAUUUGUCAUUGGUGUUGUGUUCAAAUGGUUUGUUUAGUCGAAAAAUCUUCAAAGUAUUAGCUUUGUUUGACUUGUCAUAAUGUAAAACAGGUUACAUAUUUGCAAGAUCAUCAUAUUCACUUGAAUAAGAUGUAAGGUAAGGA